GGGCGGCGGGGCUCCUGGCCGGGCCCAGUCAGUGAGUUGCCAGCGCUCGCAGCAGCCGCACGCGACCGCGAGUGCAUCAGUGCCCGUACACUACAAACACUGACACUCCGACCUUCAAUCCGUGGGAACGAGACAUCUAUAUCAGGUGGUGACGAAUAGGAUGUGAAGUGGUGUUCCCUGCUGCACACGCGCCGCUAGCAGCGGGCAUGGCGACCCGGAGAUAGUGCCAGGUGGUGUCAGUGGGAGCGGGAGGAGCGGCGGCAUGCGCGUGGUGUUGGCAGCGCUAACGGCGCUGGCGGCGCGCGCGCUCGCCGGGCCUCACGAGCACCGCGCGCGCCACCACGCGCCCGAGCACCCGCCACACUUCCCCGCGCCGGCGCCGCCACAGCCCUACCGCGGACAUGGCGAGGCCGUCCGAUACAACCCCGAACUAGACACUAUACUACCCCGACUCGAAGAUCACGAGACUUCCUCCAAACGAGCCAAGUUUGAAGAUGCAGAAACCUCUUCCAAGAGAGCCAAAUAUGAUGAAAGAUUCUACUCGAAUCACGAGCGAGCUGAUGAAGAGCCCAUGGCUGACGAGCCGCAGCUCGGGCCAGAGGACGACGAUCCGCUCGUCGUUCGUACUAGAAAGGGAAGAGUCAGAGGCAUCACGUUAACUGCCGCAACUGGGAAAAAAGUCGACGCAUGGUUCGGCAUUCCAUACGCUCAAAAGCCUGUAGGUGACUUGAGAUUCAGGCACCCUAGACCGGCAGAGAGCUGGGGAGAUGAAAUAUUGAAUACUACGACACUGCCACAUUCAUGCGUUCAAAUUAUAGAUACUGUGUUCGGUGAUUUUCCUGGAGCGAUGAUGUGGAAUCCCAACACAGACAUGCAGGAAGACUGUCUCUUUAUUAAUAUAGUCACACCCAGGCCACGGCCUAAGAACGCUGCUGUCAUGCUGUGGGUCUUUGGCGGUGGGUUUUACUCAGGAACUGCUACUCUAGAUGUUUACGAUGCAAAAAUACUCGUAUCAGAAGAGAAAGUAGUCUAUGUUUCAAUGCAGUAUAGAGUUGCGUCCCUAGGUUUUCUAUUCUUUGAUACCCCUGAUGUACCGGGUAAUGCUGGUCUUUUUGAUCAGCUGAUGGCUUUACAAUGGGUGAAAGAUAACAUUGCUUACUUCGGAGGAAACCCGCAUAAUAUAACAUUAUUCGGUGAGUCGGCGGGAGCAGUUUCGGUUUCAUUGCAUUUAUUGUCACCUCUAUCGAGGAACUUGUUCUCUCAGGCGAUAAUGCAGUCAGGAGCUGCUACUGCGCCGUGGGCUAUUAUAUCAAGAGAAGAAAGCAUUUUGAGAGGCAUCCGAUUAGCAGAAGCUGUCCACUGUCCACAUUCCAGAACGGAUAUGGGGCCCAUGAUUGAGUGUCUCAGAAAGAAGAGUCCAGAUGAACUAGUCAAUAAUGAAUGGGGAACUCUUGGUAUUUGUGAAGUUCCUUUUGUGCCCAUCAUAGAUGGUUCGUUCCUAGAUGAGCUACCCGCUCGAUCAUUAGCACAUCAGAACUUUAAGAAGACGAAUCUUUUGAUGGGAUCCAAUACGGAGGAAGGUUACUACUUUAUACUUUAUUAUCUUACUGAGUUAUUCCCCAAGGAAGAGAAUGUAGGGAUAAGUAGGGAGCAGUACUUGCAGGCAGUCAGAGAGUUGAAUCCGUAUGUGAAUGAUGUUGGAAGACAAGCCAUUGUGUUCGAGUACACGGACUGGUUGAACCCAGACGAUCCGAUUAGGAACCGAAAUGCUUUGGAUAAGAUGGUGGGAGAUUACCACUUUACUUGUGGAGUGAAUGAAAUGGCCCAUCGCUAUGCAGAAACUGGAAACAAUGUCUUCACUUAUUACUACAAGCACCGCAGCAAGAACAAUCCCUGGCCAUCGUGGACUGGAGUGAUGCAUGGUGAUGAAAUUAACUAUGUAUUUGGGGAGCCUUUGAAUCCAGGAAAGAACUAUUCGCCGGAGGAGGUGGAGUUCAGCAAGCGCCUGAUGAGAUAUUGGGCUAACUUCGCGAGGACCGGCAACCCAUCUAUAAAUCCGAAUGGAGAAUCGACAAAGAUCUACUGGCCCGUCCACACGGCUACUGGCAGAGAGUACUUGUCACUGGCAGUCAACUCCAGUACAGUAGGCCACGGGCUGAGAGUCAAGGAGUGCGCGUUCUGGCAAAAGUAUCUGCCACAAUUGAUGGCUGCUACCAAUAAGCCAGAGCCUCCAAAGAACUGUACGAACAGUGCGGCGCCUAUCAAGGUUCCGUACGAAAUCGUCGGAGUAGGUGUCGUCAUCGCCACUGGUUUGGCCAAGACCACCAUGUUCAAGUAUAUUGUGUAACUGUAUUCUGUGGUCUUCGAGUCUCUUAGGUUUAUUUGCUUCGUCUACUCUUCUUUGCUCAGAAGAUUCGGAUUGUCUGAAAUAUGAGUUUUGAAGGUAUUAUUUUUCAAUGAAUUACGGCUACGGUAGGUAUAUUGCUUAAUCAUGAAUAAAGGAUAAUGCAGAUGUUUGAUUGUGAAAUCAUAAUUGAUCGUAUCUACAUAUAAUUACACACAAAUUUCACAAUUCGGUAUACCUACAAGACCUUGAGCUUUUUUUUAAGGUUUUGAUUGAUUAGUGUUCAGUCAAUGCUUUGUUUAAUUUUGCCAAUUCGAAUCUUGUGAGUAAAGAAGUAAUUAAAUAAAUUAGAUUAUUUAUUCGUGUAUAAUAUUAUGUGUUGCCGCCAAAAAAUCUCUGGAAUAUUUUCUUAUUAACUUAUUUUUAUAAUGUAGAGUAUUUUAGUUGUAAGCCACCUGGAGUGUUGAAUUGCUGAGUCCAUUAAUAUUCGUCUAGAUAUCUGUUAAGUUCAAUAGCUAAAUGUAAGCGAUGUAAUGUAUUGUUUAAAUUCUAAUGUUAUACUUUAAAGGGAGUGAUUUCUCCAACUACAUAUCACUUGUUAAUAACAAAUUAUAGAUUACUGGUAGACGUAAUUUCGUCAUAGUUUAAGUACUAUCUACAUAUCUUCUGUAGGUUAAUGAACUUCUGCCAUGUGGUGUGACGUCAUCAUGAAUGUCAACUUUGUCUUCAUAGUGCUAAGGGGCAUGAUGUUUCAAUUGAGUCUGCAGUGUGUUUCGGUGUUUCGGAGUUCUGAAGGCGUAGAUAUGAGAAAAUGAUUAAACUGUUAGCUUUAACUCGCCUCUAACGCAAUACAUAUCACGCAAAGGCAUAGAAAAAUUUAAGUUCAUUAUAGCCUUAGAGUAAGUUUAAUAUAAGCUAGAUCAUUUCACAACUCUGUAGCGGACCAAUAUUAGAAAGUUGUACGUGUUGUAAUGGUUCGAUGUAGUGCGGCGGAACUAUGCGGAUCGUGCGCCAUCAUUUACGGAGCCGAGCAGAACAAACAUUUUCAUACUAACGGACAAAUCACCAAAGAAAUUCUAGAUACAAAGUUAAAUAAGACUAAAAUUCAUAGUAAUGUUACAAUAUUAUACACUAACGGGAGCGAAUGUACACGAGACGCAAUCCAGAGGGCGCUGAAGGAAAUAAAAGGAAGAUGUACAGAAAGUAGUAUACUGAAUGUAUUAGAGAAUACAAAACUUAGUACAUUACAUUUAGGGUCGAUACAUCUAGUUUAGAGAUCGUAGUUCGAGCGGUUCAGCUUUCAAAUAUUGGUGGACGAUAGAAGAAUCUUUACAAUUCGAGAUUUAAGAUAAAUAUUACUAGUACAAGACCGUGAGGUUCUCGCGACAGUUGACUGGACAACUGGAUAACUUCAUUGUUGUAAAUAAAUGAGUGUUAGUAUUGUAGGGACUCGCGACGCCCUUGGUUCUUUUUUUUAAAGGGUCGAUCAGACGGGUGCCUAUAUCGUAUAUAUCGAGAAAAUAUUAACCUGUUGUGAAGGACGAUACCUAUGAGAUAUAGUUAAAUGUAAUUUUUACGUAGUUAUCUGUGCUUCUGUUGGUUUGUUUACACUAGGCUACGUGACGUACACACGGACGGUGUCUCUCGCUGCGUUAGUUAAUGUAUAGUUCAUGUUCUAGUUCCACGUUCAAUGUUUCACGGAUUACGCUUAUUUUAGAUCUGCGUAUAUAAACCUAUAGAGUGCCUCUUAUUCACUUUUAUAUAUAUUGAUACAUAGGUGAUACUGGUAGAUGUAGUUCGCGUUAUUUCUCGAUGCACACUUUAUUUGAUUUUGUAUUUCGUAUUCACACAGACGCGUAGUGCCAAAUGAGAUUGAGAUAUUCGAAAAGGGGUUAAAGAUUUGAAUUUUGCGAUACAGUACGCUUUCGACAUAAGAAAAUUGUAUAUUUGGAACAUUCGAUACGAAUGGAGAAAUAAACGAUUUGUUCAAAAUUAUAGCUUUUCCACUAUGCGAUGGUGUUUUGAGGUUAUGGUGUGGGAAUUGGGGAGUCAAAUUCUGUUUGAAUAUCCAACAAUCAACGCACAUCUUUUAUAUAUUAUUCCAAGACGAGAUACCAUACUAAUAUGUAUUUAAAUGAAUGAAAUUUGUACAACAACAUAACCUCAAAACAUGAGAAUAUUUUUGGAGACACACAAAAUUGCUAUGACAAUAAAAUUUUAACGCAAAUCUUAUUUUUUACGAUAAAAAUUUGUAAUAUUCUAAUACUUUUCCUAACUGAUCUUAGAUUUAUCUUUCCUUAAUAUUGUUCAUUGGAUUUUACAAAACACAGAUCACCUGGCUAUUAUGUUUUAGAUAUUUUUUUUAUCUACUCUAAUAUACGCUUCACGUGUAUUAGAGUUUUUCGAUAAUGUAUCUUCAGUGACGUUAACAAGGUCUGUUUUUCCUUAACAAUCUACUAAAAAUGCAUGCAUUUUUUCAUAAAUAAAUAAUUUAUCAUUUAUUUUUUUUAAUCCAAUGAUUUCGAAUAAAGAAUAUACAUCUUUAUUUUUAAAUUGAAAUAUUUUUAAAGCCAGCAUCAUUGUUUUGUAAAAUUGAAUAUAAUAUAAAAAAAUAAAUGUAAAAAUUCCGUUGCUCUUGUAACACCGAUACUUCGCUUUGAUUCCGCUUGGCUAUAAUGUUAAAUGUAAAAUAAAAUAAUCAAUGUAUUACGAAUGGCCUAAACUGUAGGAGGUAUGACUUGAGGCCUACGAUAAUUUUCCGUAAUGUUAUGUUACAUUAAAAAAAGUUAUCUUUUUUCAAUUCUAAUAGCGAUUCAAGUAAGUUAAAAUACAUUAGUGCUAUGAUUGCAUUAUUGAAUGUUUGCAAAGUUUGUGUUUAAUUAUAAAAAUAAAUGCUUGUAUAUAA